AUCAUAGAACUACUGUAUUUAAAUAAUAUGAUAUAGAAAAAUAUGCUAAUUAUUAUUUAUAAUUUAUAAUAUAUUCUCUACGUCAUGAUUGGGUGCAGAUCAUAGAAUUACGAAAGCCACACUAACACAGUAGACUCAAAUACGCAAUUGUGAACUUGGUGUCGACAAAAACAAAUAGAAGAACAUUAUACAAACAUCAAAUGAACAUUUGUGUACAUUUUCACUUCAAUAGUGUGUUAUGUUAAUUCUAGCAAUUUGACAAAUUAAUACGUGUCCGUGUUGUGUUACAAUUUUUAAACUAUGGAAUCGGUAACUACAAGGGUGAACGAUGAGAGACGAAAAAGGGUGUAUGUUGGUGAUUUACCUAAUGACUUCUUACGUCUAGACAUAGUUUCAGUAGAUGAUUCAACUAAUAGAUUGCAACAAGAAGCAGCUGACCAGCAAGCUGCUAUGGCUCUACAACAAGCAUUGUCUUGUGUGCAAGGAGACCGUGAUAGAAAUAGAUUAAAUAUUACAAUAGUUCAAGCACGGCUCGUCAAAAACUAUGGAUUAACUAGAAUGGAUCCAUAUGUACGACUCAGAGUUGGACAUUGUGUAUAUGAAACACAAACAGAUCCUAAUGGUGGUAAAACCCCUAAGUGGCAUAAAACAGUUCAAACACUUCCACAAGAAGGUGUUAAUCAAAUUCAUGUAGAAAUAUUUGAUGAAUGUUCUUUCAAAAUGGAUGAACUUAUUGCUUGGACAACAAUACCAAUUCCUAAUCAAAUUUAUAAAGGGGUCACAAUUGAACAGUGGUACAAUCUAACUGGUAAACAAGGACCAAAUAAUGAAGGAACUAUAAACAUGAUUAUAAGUUUUGGAACUCCACCUAGCCUAGGCUUAACAAAUUCAGUUAUGAUGCUGCCACAAAUGCCAAAAUUUAGCAACUCAAGUGCCAGUUUAACUCCUAUUUACAUACAACCUUCAGCACCACAAGUCCCAACCCUUAGUGCAGAAGACUUGAAACAAAUUCAAGACAUGUUUCCGAAUAUGGAUAAGGAAACAGUGAAAACUGUUUUUGAAGCCAACAAUGGUAACAAAGAUCUUACCGUUAAUUCCUUACUCCAAUUGGUCGACUAAAUAUUUGUUAAACAAUUAAGCUUUUACAUAAAUUCAUGAUAUAUUAGUGCCAUGUCAGCAGUUUGGUACCAUUAUUAAGUGGUACUCUGAUAAUUGCCUAUAGUGGGUUCUUGCCUUAACCACUUCUCACUUGGUUUAAUUAAUAAAUCAAAUGCAAAUCAGUUAUUACAUAUUGGAUUAUAUUACAAGAAUAAUAAUGCAUCUAGUCUAUAUUAGUAGUAGACUUGUAGUUCAAAAUUAUUUUAUCAAUUUAUCCACAAUUCAUUAAUGUAUCAACUGAAAUUCCAAAAACAUAAUAACCAAAUAAUUAUUAACCUUUAGUAGUUAAUAAAUAUAUUGAUUUAGGGUGGGUUACAUAAAGAGCAGUCUGUAAAUUUGUUACUGGCCCUGUAAUUUAUUCAUUAUAUAAAGUUAAUGAUUGUGUUCAACUAUGCAUAGAGACAUAUUAAGUUAUUCAUAAGCUUGAUUACCAAAUACAUUAAACCAUCAAUAAUAUUUAUAGAUAUUUGUUUGUUAUCACCUCGCCAGUACACCGUAUACAAUUUAUCUCCCCGCUAUAUAGAUUUAUUAGACAUUCCUACUUUAGUGUACUGUUUUUAUUUCUACAGU